AUGCUUUCACUCCCUCCUCCACCACCCUCACUGCUGCCCACAGAAGCAGCUCCACCACAAGAAAAGCGAAGCUUUCCAGUCUCUCUCAAUCAGAUUGUUAUAUCAAAGCAAGCCAGAAAUCCACAAAGUUCUUCAGCAGAGACAUCAAAUUCAGACAGCAAGAAAUUAAGCAAGCCACCAAUAUUCAAACAUCCUCGACCUCGCCGUACCAAUCCAGUUAUAUGGUGCGGCGCAAUCCUAUGCCUCAUAUUCAGCCUUGUUCUGAUCAUCUUUGGAAUAGCAACUUUGAUCAUCUACCUAGUCAUUAAGCCAAGAAACCCAGUGUUUGACUUACCCAACGCAAAUCUAAAUAGCGUAUACUUCGAUUCACCAGAGUAUUUCAAUGGGGAUCUUACCUUCCUUGCAAACUUCUCCAACCCAAAUCGGAAAAUUGAUGUAAGAUUUGAGUAUGUGGAUAUAGAGCUCUACUUUUCUGACAGACUUAUAGGAACCCAAGCUCUUCAGCCUUUCACACAAAGAAGUAGGGAAACAAGAUUGGAAUCAGUUCAUAUCAUAUCAAGCUUGGUCUAUUUGCCCCAGAAUCUUGCUGUGGAACUUCAAAGGCAGGUGCAGAGUAACAAGGUAAACUACAACAUAAGAGGAACUUUUAAAGUGAGAGCAAACAUGGGUCUGCUCCAUUAUUCAUACUGGUUACAUGGAAGGUGUGAGAUAGAGAUGACCGGCCCACCCACUGGUGUUAUUGUUGCCCGAAGUUGCAGAACAAAGAGAUGACGAAGAUGAAAUUCUUAAUUUUUCUAUUCCUCGUUUGUUCAGAUUGAUGCCUAGCUAGAAUUUUUGCUAUUAAGACAUUGUCUGAUAAGCUUUGUGCGAUGGAUCAAACAGAAUUCUUAGAGGUUGUAAAUGUCUAAGCCCUAAUGAUGUUAUUUUGAAACCUUGAGCUCAGCAAACACAGAUAAUAUUUCAAUUUA